AUGUUGCAGCGACCACCUCGCCGUCCCCAGUCAUCUCGACGAAAGUACAGCGUGGAUUUGCGAACGCCGAGCCCGUUGGAUUCAGGCUACUUCUCAACAGAUGAUACCUGUGAAUGCCCACAGAAUCAUCGGAAACGAUGUUUCCCUUCUUUUGACGGUUCCAGUAUCGAUGAAUUCCCAACCAGCAAGUUUCUCGAGAACGAGCUGCAGAUAUCAACGUCCAUUGUCAAGCGGGAAGAAGACUCUCUUGAGCUUCUCAAGACCCCCGAAACUCGCCGUCCCAGGGAGAGGGCCGAAGUAGUUUCUCCUUUCAUAUACUCCAGAAAUUCCGGGCGCUUGCCACUCAAAGAUAAACGAGUCGACGCCAAUAGACGAAAGUUGGACAGAUACGUUCCAAAACGUGACCAUAUAUCUCCGUCAUCCGAAAGGUAUCGAACAACGAAGCAAAGCCAAGACUUAUCAAGGGACGAGCGUUUGAAGCGCGACAAGAGUGCCUCGGCGGAUCCUUUUGUCCUCAAACGCCGUGUCUUAGACCCCGACCCACGUUUUCCGUUUCGAGUUGACGAUAGUAACUUGGAGAGAGGUAUGGCUCUUGGACAACUGCCGCAGAAUAGAGGAGGAGAUCGUCAGGUCAGCCUAGGUGCCAUGUGGUCAGUUGGUGGCGUUGCGCCUAGUACAAUCGCCGUGGAUGAUGGACAGGGACAUCUCGUCCGACGUGGAACCAAUGCUCGUGUGUUUCCCACACCUUUUCAGGAGAGUCUUAUCAGCACAUCGGUAGAAAAGGAGAAGCAUGAAGGUCGCAUCGCAUCGGCUCUCGAGAUAGACCAGAUCCGAAGAGUUCUCGAUUUCGUGCAGGGUCAACGAAUCCCACAAAGUCAAAGACAGCACACUCUUCAUACAAACUACAGCCAGACAAGCUGGAAUGGAUACCAAUGGGUCAACAAAGAGGAGUGGUCAAUUCCUCUAAGACCAGCAAAAAGACGCCUUCUCCCAGCUGCCCCUUUCAGAGUGCUUGAUGCGCCGAACCUCAAAGAUGAUUUCUACUGCUCGCCAUUAGCUUACUCUUAUACGGCACAUGCGCUCGUUGUCUGCCUUGGCAAUCUCCUUUAUACCUGGUCUGAGUUUCGAGGCGUACAGCUGAUUCAUGGGGGUAAAGCUGUGCUUGGAAUCGGACAUUCAGACGGAAUUGUGCUGUUCCAGUCUCUAUUCGAUACACUGCCUCGGUUUGAGGUUCGUCAAACGUUUCCCGUUUCCUGUGUGAGUUGGCGCCCGAUUUGUACCCUUCGACCUUCCAAAGACCCCCUCAAUCCAGGAGUUGAGGUUCAAACCGAAGACUUGGUGGUUGGGGAUGAGAUGGGUAAUAUUUACUACUAUGUUGUGGAAUGGCCUUUCGGCUGGGAAGUUACCCGGGAUACAUGGCCUGGUGCAAUAUCCUUGAUAGCCAAGAUCGGCAAUAUCCACUGUCAGCAAGUAUGCGGUCUCGCGUGGUCCAACGACGGCCGUAUGUUCGCCUCUGGGGGCAACGACAAUCUCUGCUGUCUCUUCGAUGCUGAUCAAGUAGUCGGGCGACGACAUGAUUUGCCUCGGACGGGGAACGGGUACAUAGCGCGCAUUGAAGCAGGUAGCGCAUAUGGUGGCAUCGAGAUAAGUGUCACAAAGCUACUCUCCCUAGCUGCGAGCGACGAUGGGCCAGUGAGGUCCUUUACUGCGCAGCUACGGCCGCUUCCAACUGCAACUGACACAGUUCGGUACCUUGGCCCCGGCAUUGAAAGGCAUCGUUGGAACCACGGUGCUGCAGUGAAAGCGAUUGCUUUUUGCCCCUGGAGACGCGAGUUGGUUGCAACAGGAGGUGGCUCUAACGACAAGUGCAUCCACUUCUUUCAUACACCAUCAGGAGCAGCACUGGCAACAAUAUCGGUAUCAGCUCAAGUCACUUCACUAAUCUGGAAUACGACUCGCAGAGAGAUUGCAGCAACCUUUGGUUACGCUUCACCAGAACAUCCUUAUCGUGUCAGUGUUUUCAGUUGGCCGGAAUGCAAACAGGUCGCAGCAAUUCCAUAG